UUUUAAGUGAGAAUGCAUUUGUUAAGUCGACACUCACCAGUCAUGUUCAUGUACAUUCUCAAAGGCAAAAUGAAGUUGGAAAAAAUACCUUUGAUACUCAUGAUCAUUAUUUCGGCAAAUGUCACUGUGUGUAUAAAUGGACACACUGAAAGAGCUAAGCAAUGCCAAGAAAGCAGUUGUGAACCAAGGAGCCAUAAGGACUGCACGUUACAAUGUGUUCGGAUGAAUCUAACUGAUGGACUGCCAAAGAUAAACCCACUUGUUAAAGUCCUGAAGAUUCGUGAUUCUCUAAUGCCAACUAUCAAGAGCUACCGUUAUGGAACCUUGGAUGCAUUAGACAAAAUCUACAUCAUUGCUUCAAAUGUAACAUAUGUGAACAAUGACGCUUUUGAUAGAAUGCCAAACAUCAGAGUUUUACACAUCGAGCGUAACAACAUUCCUACUGUAUUAAAUGCUGGAUUUAACUUAGAGCAUCUUAGUGAACUAAGCCUGAUGGAUAAUAACAUCAGUAAAAUCAAAUUUACUUUGACAAAAUCAGAUAAAGACAAAAUCGAAAUUCGCCUUUCUCAUAACCCCAUUAAGAACAUACCCUUCAAACUAUUCAGUGGAUUCAAAGGUAUCAAGACUGUGUCUUUAUAUCUGAGGGACAUAGGCAUAACACAGUUGGAUAAUAACACAUUUGAUGGAAUAAAUGUACUGCAUACAUUGAAUAUCAGUGACAAUUUUCUGGGACGAAAUGGUUUUCAUAAUAUCGCAAACAGUGUUCAGGGAAAAAUGGUAAAAUCUCUUCAGGCAGUAAACUGUUCAAUGAAGUCAUUGAAGAGAGAAAGUUUUAAAAAAGUAUGUCAUGUAGAACAACUUGAUCUCAGUCACAACCUCUGGGAGACAUGGCCAGUACAUUCCCUUUCAUAUCUGAAAAACCUGAGCUCAUUAAAGAUUAACAACUGUCCAAGUUUUGCUUUUUUCAAAGCAAGCAAUGAAAUAAGAAACGUGAAAUAUUUAUCUCUUCAUUCAAAUGCACUUCUGCAAUCAGAAACAAUUGGUACGAUUUUUAACAAAUCACAAAAGCUGGAAUAUUUGAACAUAAGUGACAAUCAUUUUCAGGAUAGAGUGAAACGAAUCAGUACAUUGAAAUCUUUGAAAGUGUUUGAUAUGUCAAACAAUCAUUACCCAUUAAUCAAAGAGCGAGUUUAUUACUUUGAGUCAAUGCCAAAUCUUAGAACUUUCAAUAUGCGUAAUGUCUAUUCCAAAUACCAGGAGGACGAGGGGGACUUUGAUUUAGGAGUUGUCGCCUUGACAAACAUGACAUAUCUACAGAACCUUGAUUUAAGCCAUAAUUCAGCAGUUCUACGGGAAGAAUAUAUUCGAUCAAGUUAUUCUGGUUUAACAAGUCUCACAAAGGUUGAUUUGUCCUACAAUACAUUACAGGACUGCUAUAGUGCAAUGAUGAUACUAUUCAAAUUUUUUAAAUCUGUUAAAAUUUUGAACUUAUCAGGAAAUAGCCUACCUGACAUGCAAUUUGAAUUAUUAUUCGAAUCCAUGACAAAUUUGACUGACCUACAUUUGGAAAGAAAUCGACUGACAUAUUUUUCGAAGAAAUAUCUUAAAAAAAACCUGAAGAUGGAGAGACUAUACCUUCAAAGUAAUUCCAUAAGGUGGAUCGAUGGAUCAGCUUUUGUGUACUUACAAAAUCUGAGAUUUUUGAACAUUACAUAUAACACAUUCCUUUGUGAUUGUGAUCUAAGGGGGUUCAGGGAUUGGUUGAAGCUCAGCAAAAAGGGAUUAGUAAGUGGUCGUGAUCAAACAUGUGUGAGACCUUCAGCAAUGAAAAUAUAUAAGAUAACCUCAUUUGAAAUGCCAUGGAUAAAAUGUGAUGACAUGUGGAUUAUCCUCAUAGUCAUAAUUGUUACAAUUUGUGUGAUUCUUGGGAUUUUACUGGCAUAUUUCCGCUGGGAUAUCAAAUACUGGUGGAUGUUGGGUAGAUCCAGACGACGUCGUCGUAAUGGAUACACAGCGAUAAAUGGGGAUAUGGGAGGAAGGUACCCAUUCGAUGGAUUUGUAUCAUAUAACAGCGAAAGUCAGGAUUGGGUUGUCGACCACAUGUUACCAAAUAUGGAACGAUCUCCAGAUGAAGUGAAUUUCAAAAUAUGUUUUGAUGGACGCGACUUCAUUCCUGGAAAAUACAUUGCAGAUAAUAUUGUAGAUUCCAUACACCAAAGUCGCAAGCUGAUUUUCGUCAUAACGGAAAAAUUCAUCAAGAGCCAGUGGUGUGGUUUUGAAUUAGAAAUGGCCAACUUGAGACAAUUUGAUGAAAAAAGAAACCUUGUCGUGCUCAUAUUCCUCGAAGCCAUUCCAAAAAAGAAACUACCACGUAAAAUCCGGCUUCUAAUGAAACACAUGACAUAUAUAGAAUGGGACAAAGAGAAUGCACGUGCCCAGAAAUUGUUCUGGAAAAAGCUAAAGUUGUGUAUGAUGGAUGAGCCAGCCGAUCUGCUAUUUGGACAAAAUCCAUGAAUUAAAAUGAACAAACAGCCUCAAGGAAUGGUUUAAAAGGAACUGAAUGUAAAUAUAUGCUUGAUGUAAUUAUUAAAAGGUAACUCAUACAUGUAAACUACAUACAAACUUGAACACUGUACAUAUAAAAACUCAUAUGCCAUCUCAUAUGUUGGAGAGACUGACAUUCUUAAGAGUUAAUGUAUAUAAGUACUGAUAAUCAAUUACUAUGUGUACUAUAUUAUACUUUUGUGUGAAACACAU